AUGGCAACGACGGCAACGAAUGCUCCUCCUCAAAUCAAAACAACCCAGACUUCCCCUGCAAAGGAUUCCCCGAACACGAGCCACGACACUUGCACAAGCCCAGAUGACCCCGAACCAGCGGACAAGACCACCGAUCAGCAGCGUGACCCUAGCGACUCGGUCUCCAUACCACAUUUUGACGACCUCACCACAGAUGAGGCAGGGUUCAAGUCCUCAUUGACGAUCCGUGUUAAGAAGGACGCAUCGGGAAAACGCCGCCUGGUCUAUAGUAUCCACUGUUCGGGGAUCCGCAAAUACGUACAACGCGAACUCGAUGUGCUCUCCCCGGCUCCCUCCUCUGUAAGGAGCACUGAGUAA